UCUGACAGAACAGAAAAGAUAGACAAUCGAUUCCAGAGCGGAAGUUUAUUGCACAUGGUGGAGCACCGACAGUAAUUUUAAUGCGGACUUUGGUUGAAACAUGGUGUCGUCAGGUGUGGUUUGGUGCUGCAAGGGUGACCAAUGGAUUCCUCUUCAAUUGAGCUCUAUCAGAUUGCACGGUGCUCUUACACAGGCGCAUUGGGCGGCGAUAUCAGAUUUCCUACAGAGCGUUGCGAAUAAGCAGCUUAUCCUGCAAGACAAUGGCUUCCGAGAGAUCACGGAACACCAGCAGGAGCUGCUCAUCCAGCAUCAGCAGGGAAAGCUCGAGAUUAAGCCAGGAGAUCUGACAACAACGGUGAUAUGCGGUGGUGAAAAGCUGGAUUCGAACUUUAACAACAAUAUAAUUAGAGAAAAUGUGAUAAAACUAGAUAAGGAUUAUUCUGCGUGCGAUUUGUCGAACAAUAAGCAAAAGCAGUGGCAAAAUUUAGUGAUUCAGGAGAACGGACUUAUUCAAAUAUUGAACGGUUGCGGUGGCAGUGGUGAGGAUGUCGGCGGAGGAGGCAAAGGUCUGGACAAGAUUCCCGAGCAGGACGCUGCGGAAUCUCAGGUCGUUACACUCAAAUUCGAGAAUAGCGAGGAGGACUCGAAUGUAUUAGAUGAUAGGAAUGUAUUUAUUGAUAAUAAUUUAUUAAAUGCAGAGACUGAAACUAAUUUAGUUGACGAUUGUCAAAGUAAGACUGUUAGGAAAUAUUCAACGCAAAGUGAUGAACUGGUGAUAAAAUUGCUCAAGAAGUAUUGCAAGUAUAGUCGAGAUGCCCUGGAUAACGAUAUCCUGAAUGCCAUUGACGCAAGUACAAAUGUAAACGAUAGUCCGAAGCGCACCCGAAAGCUUAGCUUUUAUCCAAUCGACGAGAAGCUAUACGAAAACUGCAAUGAUCUCCGACUUGACGAGCACGAGGACAACGAACGCAACGAGCACGUUCUCAGGUGGCUGAAGCAGCAGAAUCGGAGGUUCAUCUCAUCACCCCCACGUAUCCGAAGGUGCAGUCUUCCGAACUUUUCGACGCGCAACAACACAACGAUACCGGAGUCAUCACCGACGGACAGUCGUAAGUCAAGUCUGACCUGCAAGUCGGACAGCAAGUCGAGCGGUUUCUUCUCCUCCAGUCGCAAGUCUAGCGCAGCUUCGAUCCGCAACUUCGAGUCCUCUUCACCGAACUCCUCGUCCAGUCGCAAAUCGUCCAUCUCGAAUGUCAACAGCCGCAAAAGCAGCGUUACGUCCAAUUCGAGCUGUUCCGAAAGCGAUGAGAGUAGUCCAUCACAUUGGCAGCACGUGCUCAAGAAGAAUAUCGGUUCCAAGAAGUUGGAGAAGCGCAUGCAGAAGCAACGCGAAGCCUGGGCCAGGAACACCAGGAAGUUGAGUUCAGGAUCCGAGAUUUAUGGACACCUCUACGUGCAACCCUGGUAUUUCCGGAAGAUCAAACGAAUAGAGGCCGAGAAGAAACUGCUGCUGCCUGAGAACGAACACGGUGCUUUCCUCAUCAGGGAUUCAGAGAGCAGACACAACGAUUACUCAUUAUCAGUGAGAGACGGAGAUACCGUAAAGCAUUAUAGGAUAAGGCAAUUGGAUGAGGGUGGUUUCUUUAUUGCGAGACGAACAACUUUCCGAACGCUGCAAGAGCUUGUUGAGCAUUACAGCAAGGAUGCGGAUGGUUUAUGUGUCAACUUGUGCAAGCCCUGUGUACAAGUGGAAAAGCCGCAGCCGGAAGGUCUAUCGCACAGGACGCGUGACCAGUGGGAGAUCGACAGGUCAUCGCUGAAAUUCCAACGGAAGUUGGGUCAGGGCCAGUUCGGCGAAGUAUGGGAAGGACAAUGGAACAAUACGACCCCGGUGGCCAUAAAGACAUUGAAGACUGGCACCAUGGAUGCCAAAGAUUUCCUCGCGGAAGCGCAAAUUAUGAAAAAGUUGAGACAUCCGAAAUUGAUUCAGCUGUAUGCUGUGUGCACAAUGGAAGAACCUAUCUAUAUUAUUACCGAGCUCAUGAAGAAUGGAUCGCUCUUAGAGUUCUUGCAAGGAAAGGGAAAAGGCUUGAAGCUACCGCAGCUCAUUGAUAUGGCCGCUCAAAUAGCGUCUGGAAUGGCUUACUUGGAAUCUCAGAAUUACAUCCACAGAGAUUUGGCUGCCAGAAAUGUACUCGUCAACGAUAGCAACGUUGUCAAGAUUGCUGAUUUUGGUCUAGCCAGAUUGAUUAAAGAGGAUGAAUAUGAGGCACGGGUGGGCGCUAGAUUCCCAAUCAAGUGGACAGCACCAGAGGCUGCAAACUACAGUAAAUUCUCCAUUAAAUCUGACGUUUGGUCGUUCGGUAUUUUACUUACCGAAUUGGUGACUUACGGCCGUAUUCCAUAUCCAGGUAUGACAAAUGCUGAAGUGCUUCAUCAAGUUGAACAUGGCUAUCGCAUGCCAGCACCUCCGAAUUGCCCAAGUCCACUAUACGAGAUAAUGAUUGAAUGUUGGCAUAGAGAUCCAUUGAAGAGGCCGACGUUUGAGACUCUUCAAUGGAAGCUUGAAGAUUUUUUCACUAUGGAUAAUUCCGAGUACAAGGAAGCCUCCGCCUACUGAGGCCACGCCCACCUGCCCGCUGAUUGGCUGCGGAACGCUGUUGACGUCCAUUAUCACUGAUCAGAUGGGUUGGGUGGGUGGUGUUCAUCGAUCCCCGUACUUUUAUCAUACAUUUCUUUUACAAUGAUUUGUGACGUUAACAUCGCGACUAUACGAUGAGUAUUUGCUUGAUUAUUAUUAUUUGGUUUAGAUUUUUUUUUGUACAUAAAAAAAUAUCACAAGAUAUGU